AAAACACGUGAGACCUUUUCUGACCAAACAAAAAAAAAAAAAACUCCUGCUGCAGUUGCCUCGAUCUCACUACUCUCUCUUCUCAACGACACAUUCACUCACAUUCAUCAAGAUGGUCCUGGAUUUCCUCCUCCCUUCGCCACCAAAGUCCUGGUCUGCCGACAAGACGUCGGCCUUCCACGCCAAGAUCGCGACCCCCACCAAGGCGUCGAUCCAGCCCGUUGGUCGCCAUUUCCUCGCCCAUGCACGCCGUCACAUCCACUCGCGCACCUUCUCUGAGGACGAGAAGGUGAUCUCUGAAGCCGAAGCUGCCGCCAAGAGCGCUGGCGAUGGCGAGCAGGACAACUCUGAUCUCGGUGACGAGCCCGAGGACCCCGCCAUGCUCCGCCGCGACCCCAAGGAUUGGAAGGAUCAGGACCAGUAUGCUGUCUUGGGACUCUCGGCCCUCCGUUAUAAGGCCACCGAGGACCAGAUCCGUCGUGCACACCGCAGGAAGGUCCUGAAGCACCAUCCCGACAAGAAGGCUGCUCACGGUGGUCUCCAUGACGACGGAUUCUUCAAGUGCAUCCAAAAGGCCUUCGAGACCCUCAUGGACCCCGUCAAGCGUCGCCAGUGGGAUUCCGUCGACCCCAACGUCUCGGAUCAGAUCCCCAACCCCAAGAGCAAGCAGGAUUUUUACAAGCAGUACGGACCUGUCUUUGAGCGCGAGUCGCGCUUCUCGAAUGUUCAGCCUGUCCCUCAGCUGGGUAACGCUGAGUCGUCACAGGAGGAUGUACAGGGAUUCUAUGACUUCUGGUACAAGUUCGAUUCGUGGAGGACAUUCGAGUGGAUGGACAAGGAGGACGGUGAGGGCCAUGACUCGCGUGAUGAUAAGCGAUACUUUGAGAAGAAGAACAAGGCUGAGCGUGCCAAGCUGAAGAAGGAGGACAACGCCCGUCUGCGCGAGAUUGUCGACCAGGCCUUGUCGCUGGAUCCUCGUAUCAAGAUCUUCAAAGAGCAGGCCAACAAGCAGAGGAACGCCAAGCGCCGCGAGAAGGAGGAGGCCGAGAAGCGUGCGGUCGAGGAGGCUGCUGCCACCGCCGCUGCUGCUGAGGCUGCGCGUAUUGCCUCCGAGGAGGCUGAGAAGGCUGCUCGUGAGGACGGCAAGAAGAACAAGGAGCUGUUGAAGCGUGCAGUCCGCAAGGAGAAGAAGAACUUGAAGGCCUUGAUCAAGGACAACAACUAUUUCUUGCCCGCUGGCGAGAACGCCGGACCCGCCCAGGUCGAGAAGCAGCUCGAGCUGCUGGAUGCCCUCUUGGACGGCGCCAAGGGAUUAGAUCAGCUCGAGGCUGUCCGCCAGACCUUGGAGGACGGUGUCAAGAACGGCAACAUUGCCGAGGUCUUCAAAGCAGAGGUUGCCAAGCGCACUGCUUAAGCCUUUUUUUAAAGGUCAAACAUAAUAAAGUCCCCUCUAACCAUUUU